AUGUGUGCCGCUGUGCCAGCUUUGACAGUUCCCCAUUGUUGUCAGCAGAAGUGGAAUUGGACAGAAGCUACCUACUCGAGAAAGGUGCAUCUAAAGAGACAGUCCUGGCUGCAAGUCUGGAAGACUGGGGCAUUCGCAUCUGCCGUGGCAUCACGAUUUCUGUGCAGUGCUCGCGCCCGAAGACCAAGACAGCAAGCGCUCGUGACGUGUCGAAGUUCGUUUCAGUCACAGCUGCAAGCCUUGCUUGCAGAGAGUCCUUGGCGCCGGGGUCUCGAGCCCGCCGAAGAGACCCAGCCAACAAGGCUCACUUUUCUGGGCACUUUGCCCAAGGAUCUUCUUGGGACGAUAUAUAGAAACGGCCCAGGGCGAAUACGUGUUGGUGACUCUCAGUACGGUCACUGGUUUGAUGGUGAUGGCUUCGUCACCGCCCUUGCUUUGGAUGGCAGCCAGCAGGAGGCUGCUUUCACCUCGCGGUUUAUCAGAACACAAAGGUUCGAAGUGCAGCAGAAGCCAGAUGCCCUGUUCAAAACAAAGGCAGGCUCUGGAAUGGCUUUGAUGGGUGCAUGGACACCUGCUGCGAAUGGUGACUUGCUGGCCAACAUCUUCAGAUUACCUACGAACCCAGCGAACACAAACAUUCUGCAGUGGGACGACCGUCUCCUAGCACUCUGUGAAGGAGGCCUUCCGUACGCCUUGGACCCAGGGACCUUGGAGACAAUGGGCCCGGAGCUUUUUCGUGACCCGUCCCUCUCGCAAAGUGGCGUGCAGUUCUUCUCUGCCCAUCCAAAGAGAGACCCAGAAUCCGGAGAUCUUUUCAACGUCGGGCUGAAAAUCGGACUUCAGCCAGCUCUGGAAGUGUACAAGUGUUCAGCAGACCGUGUGCUUGAGAUGAGAACUGAUAUCCACUUGGCAGAUCUGGCUUUUGUCCACGACUUUGCGAUAACGCGUAAGCACGUUGUUUUGAUCAUUCCUCCCUGGUGUUGUUCAACAACUGGUCUUGCGAAGAGUCUGUGGCAAGGAGCCCUGGGGCGAUUCUUUGAGUGGAAGGAUUCUGUGGGAACUAGGCUGAUUGUGCUGCAGCGCAGUGACUUGUCUGUGGUUUUUGACCAGACGCUGAUGCCGGCUAUCUCUCUAUAUCACACAGUCAAUGCCUAUGAUGAUGAUACGACUCCGGCAAUAUGGCUUCAGAUCGCUGCCCACAAUGGACCUCGGGAGGAUGUGGAAAGAAACUUCUCAGACAUGUAUCGAAGUACCUGGUCAGAUGCGACGCGGUGUUCUUUGCAACAGCUGCGGUUGGAUUUGCUAUCCGGAACUAUUGAGACCAGCAAGCUGGGCCCACAGGCUGCAUCGACCUUCGAGCUUCCCAGCAUCCAUCCAGGUUUUGUUGGCCGCCAGAACAGGCACGUCUUCACCAACGCAGCCUAUCCAUCUGACGCCGCAUUCCUCAACUGCGUGGAGCGUCUGGAUUUGGAUGGCAACGUCUUGGAUCGGGCCCAUUUCGGCAGUGGCCAGUUCGCAGGGGAGCCGAUGCUCCUUCCAAAGCUGACUGCUUCGCAGGAGUUAGAUGCGUACGUCUGCACUUAUGUCUACGACUCUGAUACGCAUACCUCGUUCCUAGCCAUCCUUGACGCUGCUCGGCUUUCAGCUGGCCCGCUAGCAGAGGUAGGAUUGACGUUCUUCGGCUUGCAUCAUCCCAAUGGCCUGAAGCAUGAUGGCCGUCUCUUACGCUAUAAGCAGCUGUCUGGCGGGAAAGACGACCUCCAGAAUCACGAACUGGCCAUCAUGAGCUUUGCGCCAAAUGUUAUGCAGGAGAAGGCAUCUCCUUCUCGCUCCACUGUAGGAAGACAAGUGAAGGCUGAACGGCGUCAAGAUUUGCAAAGGAACUCAAGGUUGGGGUUGGCCAGCGAAGGCCAAGGAUGCCAAGGCCCCGCAGAAUCAGAGGAGGAAACCUCGGGGCUUCCCCAUCGUGACAUGGCACCGUCACGGUCUCUGCUCCGCCGUGCAUAUGCGGCAAAGGAUUCAAAGCGCAAGCCGGGCAAGGCAGUUUUUGUCCAGGACGAGCCAAGACGAGAAAUUCAGAUCGAAAGCUUCAAGCACUUCAGAAGUGAACUUUGGGUGGAAGACGAGUUUGUCACUUCGUGUGGAUGUUGUGGCCAGCCAGCUCGGAUGGGGGUUGACGGCUUCUACCUUCCCGGAACAAGCCGCAGCCAGUUUACUCACACCGAGGUGAUGUGCAAAUCGUGCUUCCUCACUCAGAAGUUUGAGGAAGUUGGGGCUUGGCUUCUGGUCAAGUGUGCAGCCCAAGACUCUGACAGUGACCGUAAUCUGGCAGCAGGCCCUCUUCUUGAAGCUGUUGAUGCACUCAUGGGGAUGGGGCCAGGAACUCCUGGGCAGAGGACAGACAGGCUCACUCACUUCUUUGGCAAAGAGGUGCAGGACGAAGAGUCGUGGCGCCAGGUGUUGACGAAGGCUGCCGGCACCAUGAUGGAGCUGUUCCAGACAGGGACAUGUCUGCAAGAUCUAAAAGUUGCCGAUUCUUUCCCGAGUCACCUGCUCUUCAGUUCGCCAGCAAAGACGGAUGCCGAGGCCUGCGAGACAAGCGCCAAGGAGCUCCUCUCCUAG